AUGGCACCCCGAAUACAGAACUCGGUCGUCUCCAACUCUCUCCUCCCUUACCUUUCCACAUCAUCUACCUCAUCCUCCUCCACAUGUCUUCCCAGGCUAGCUACCACAUACCCCUCAUCACAUGAGUCAUGGCAUUCGUGUCGGUCAUUUUCUUCCACGCCGGCCCCUCAAACUACUAGACGUCGCAGAGAGAUGUUUGCGUGGCUCAACACCGACGCAGCUAAGUUGAGAACCCAUACUCCAGGCUCAACAAACUACCUCAUUCGGACCAAUCCCAAACUCAAGGAUUCGCCGGUUGUCGAGAACAGAGUUUUCCCGGCAAAUCCUGCCUACCGCUCAGAGAGCAUUCUCAGUGAGGAGCUGCGGACGGAGAUCUACAACCGGGUAGUAAUAAAUAAGAAGAGCGUGCGUGCUGUCAGUGUCGAGCUGAAGGUCGACAUGAGGAGAGUCGCUGCUGUAGUCCGGCUGGUCGAGUUGGAAAAGCGGAUGGAGAAACAGGGUAAACCCUUGGCUGUGCCCUACGCUCGUGCCAUUCAUGAAAUGAUUCCCGUAACGCCUCCCGAGCAGGCCCAUGAAGAAAUCAACGACCUCCCCGUCCACCGCCUCACCAACCCUCAAAUAUUCUAUCCCGUCUCAGAGUCCCGCCAAUUCAACCGUGUUGACGCUGGCCGUGUCUUCUCCGCUGCCCCGGCUUUAGAACACGAGCAGCUUGCCAAGGAUGUUGCUAAUCCCUCUGAGGCCAUCAGCCGGAUUACACAGAAUCCCUCGCGCAUCGAGCUCGUCGGCAAGGGCGAUGAGGAGCAUCAGGUCCUCCAGGCGGCGGACGUGCGUAUUCCGCACCCGCACAUGGUCACAAGUACCCGUGACAUAAACGAGGUGCCGAAUGAGAUUCGCCAACACCCCAAGCUCUACAAGGCUCGCCUCAGGACGCAAGACGCUGCCGAUCAGGAGCGCAAGCGUCUCGUUCAGGAGCGUAAGGAGAAGCAGACGCAGCGUGUGCAGCCCGAGGAUUCUCGCUUCGAGUUCCGUAUCAACGACGUUGUCGUCAGCCAGGAAACCACCGGCAAGGAUGGUCGCAACGCUCGGGCUCCUGGUCGCAGAUACGGUGUCCCCAGCUACGACCGGAAGAAGGGCCAGGUCAAGAUCCCCACCCGUGUGGAGGUCUAA